AUGCUCAGCAGCAGCAGCAUCGUGUCCUCUCCCCAGCCCCCUGGCGCCAUGCUGUUUGUGUUGGUGUUUGACUCAGAUCGGCUCUGUGCUGGGUUUGACCCAGGUGGCCAGGUGGCUUCUGCCAUGGCCUGUGAGACGUGGGAGGGGGAGGAGGAGGAGGUACUGCCCAGCAAGUGUUCAGUUCCCAUGGCAGGGCUGGAGGAGGAUCCUGAGCUGCCGAUGAAGACUCGAGACUCGGAUAAAACUAUCAAAUUAUGGAAGAUUACUGAACGAGAUAAAAGGCCUGAGGGAUAUAACCUAAAAGAUGAAGAAGGAAAGCUUAAGGACCUGUCCACGGUGACGUCGCUGCAGGUGCCCGUGCUGAAGCCCAUGGAUCUGAUGGUGGAGGUGAGCCCUCGGAGGGUCUUCGCCAACGGCCACACCUACCACAUCAACUCCAUCUCCGUCAACAGCGACUGCGAGACGUACAUGUCGGCGGACGACCUGCGCAUCAACCUCUGGCACCUGGCUAUCACUGACAGGAGCUUCAACAUCGUGGACAUCAAGCCGGCCAAUAUGGAGGACCUCACGGAGGUGAUCACGGCGUCGGAGUUUCACCCCCACCAUUGCAACCUCUUUGUCUACAGCAGUAGCAAGGGCUCCCUGCGUCUCUGCGACAUGCGUGCAGCUGCGCUGUGUGACAAGCACUCCAAAC